AUGCCGCACUGGGACCUGUGGCUCCACUUGUAUCGGGGCGAGCUCUUCCACGCCCCCAGUGGAACCACAGGGGUGAGGAAGCCGGUGCGGGCCGGCUGCAUCAUCCUGGUGCUGAAGACCGGCAAGGCAGAGAAGCCGGGAGAGUACAUCCUGGUGGGGUUGACGUCGAACCACGCCGGGUGGGACUCCCUAUGGUUCUACCUACGGAACGACGAUGACCUCCUCCCCGCCUACACCGGGUGCUUGAUCUCGGAGCACCUGGACCGCUGGAGGUAUGGUGUCGUCCAGACCCAUCAAUCGCGGCUCGAUCCCAUCCUCAACGCCCUGAAGAAGCUGCGCGAGGAGGGCCUGACAGCUACACUCGUCCUCUCAGCUGUCCAUCACCAGAGGGCUCCCGCGGACGACGAGGUUGCAGCCAGAGUUAGGGCAGCCGUCGCAGGCGACUUUCAGCCUGAGCACGUCAACGGCUUCCCUAUGAGCCCUGACAAGGGGUCGAUUGACCUGGGAUCGAUUGACGCUCGAUCCUCAAAGCCUCCGGUAAAGGAGGAUGAUAUCGAUCGCAACAAGAGGCGUGAGUCCGCAGAGAAGCAGAAGCAGAGGGGGGAGCCUGAGGAAGAAUCUCCCGAUGAGGACGACGGCAACGAGGGCGACGACGGCAGCGACAACUCCGAAGGGAUGGCGGCCCGUCUCGACAGAAUCCUCGAGGGCCCGCCGCAAGCCGACGUCAUCGUCCCGCGGACAGGAGCCCCUAAGGGGGUGUCGAGCAGUUCCCGCGAUGGCCAACAGGGGGAGUCCUCUCCACGCCAUUCUCGCGCCGACAGCCCUCCUGCGCUUGCGCAGGGUCAGGCCGUCCCUCGCCCCCAACCUCCUCCCGUAUCUAAGGCGGGCCACCGGGUUAAGUCUAUGGCGACGGCGCCGUUGACCCGCGGCCGCACUGCGGCCUCGAGUCAGGGGGAAACAGGUCGUAGAAGUUCUAGCCCUAGCGCUCGCCAGGCGGCAGACGCCGAGCCGAGGCCUACGUCCGCCUAUGAGAGGACCGAGGUCUCGACGCGGGGCGGCUCGAGGCCAGCUGGUCGAGGCGCUGGUCGGCGGGUUGCUCUUCCCGUGGGGUAA